GGGAGAUGAUGGACCACGGCCGCCAGGGCCGCCAGCGGGCCUCUGAAACUAUCCGCAAGCAGAAGCGCAAGGAGCUGGAUGCGCGGCGAAGCAAGUGCCGCAUCCGUAUCGGCAGCCACCUGGAGCAGUGGUGUCAGCUGAAGGAGCAGCUAGGCUUCUCUUUGCACUCCCAGCUGGCCAAGUACCUGCUGGACAGGUACAGUUCACAAGGCUCAGUUCCAAAAACAGGACAGGAUAGCUCCAGAGUUGUUUCCGAGCCUCUUCCUCCUGAUGCUCUGCAGCACCUCGUCGUCCUUUCUCACAAUCACAGCCAGGAAUGUGGCUUCAUCCCUAACGUGAAGCCCUCGUUUCUGGAGCAGAAAGAAGUCCUAAGCAGCAUGGUAUGGGAGUGCCUGGCCGGUCACACCUUCUCUUGGAGCCCCCCCACCUCGCAGACGUGCCCCCCGUCCCCCUGCAAGGCAGCCUCCAGGUGUCCAGAGGAGAAAGCCGUGCGUUCCAAGCCCAGCCCCCCGCCCACCCGCGUCAUCCGGCGCCGGCGUUCCCUCCGCAGGGCGGCAGCAGCCCAUGCCUUUUCCUUAGCGCUCGCUUCGAACUCACCAAGCCCAGUGGACGAGGCAGAGCCAUCUUCCAAAGAGGAUGGGGAGGGCGGUGCGGACGGAGAGAGAACGGCAUGCCUCUCUCCUGGCAGCGGAGCCGUCCUUGGCGAGGAGGCGGGAUUGCUGAGCGGCCAGAACCCCGAUGAGACAGCGACUCCCUCCGAAGAGAUUCCAGCUGCUGCCACGGAAGUCACAGAACCUGAAAGCACUUUGCCUCCACCAGAGGAGACGCCAGAGUCCGUGCCUGACCAACCAGAGCAGGAAGAUGACGAAAGAGAGGAAGACAAUCUGGCAUAUACAGAUGACCUGCAAGAUGAGAAUUAUCACCCUUCCCUGGACAGUUGCAAGAAGCGGGCACAGCCUGGUGAUGAGGAUGUGGCCCAGAUUGGUCCAAAGAGAAUCAGGAAGGCAGCCAAGCGAGAGAUCCUCCUCUGCGACUACGAUGGCUGUGGGAAGAUCUUCUCCAACCGCCAAUAUUUGAAUCACCACAAGAAAUACCAGCACGUUCACCAAAAAACGUUCACCUGCUCUGACCCCAGCUGCGGCAAGUCCUUCAACUUCAAGAAGCACCUUAAGGAGCACGAGAAACUGCACAGCGAUAAAAGGGACUACAUCUGUGAGUUCUGCGCCCGCUCCUUCCGAACGAGCAGCAAUUUGAUCAUCCACCGGCGAAUCCACACUGGAGAAAAACCCUUACAGUGUGAGAUCUGUGGGUUCACCUGCCGCCAGAAGGCCUCCCUCAACUGGCACAUGAAGAAGCAUGACGCAGACUCCUUCUACCAGUUCUCCUGCGACCUCUGCGGGAAGAAGUUUGAGAAGAAAGACAACGUCACCGCGCACAAGAGCAAGAGUCACCCUGAGGUGGCCGCCGGGCCUCCGCAGCCUGUGCAGGAACCCCCGGCUCUGAGCCACCCGCUUGCUAUGGAGCCGUUGGGAAACCCCGUCCAGAGCCAGCCUGGCAACCCACAGAGGAGGACCGAGGAGUCCGCCCUCAUCAUCGCAGUCACUAUCGAGUAAUUGGGCCGUGCCAAUCGAGAAGCAAAAGGGCGGAGAGGAUUCCUGGCAAAUCCUGUCGGCGACAGAAAUGGACUCCGGCGUUUGGUUCGCAGUCACAGAAGGAUGCAAGACUGAGACCCCAGGAAGGGGUCUGGAAAGCCCCGACCCCAGGAAGCAA